AAUUAACAAUUUUUAUUCGAUUCGGUUGUUGAUCAACUGAAUGAACGUUAUUUAAUUAUCGUAUUAAUUUUUUUUGCAUAUGUUUUAGUUUACAGUUCGUUUUAGAAAUGAAAAUUACUUGACGAACAUUAUGCAUGUUACGUUAGAUAAAUACGUUAGAUAUGCCAUAAAAGUAAUAAAAUUAAUAUUAUUGAAAGUAUUUCAUACAGGAUAUUACAAAAAGUUGAUCAGACCGUUACCCAGAUUCUUUGGACGAAAGUAAUACAUACAGCAAUUUAAAAAAGAUUUUUAUUAAUCUAUGGUUGUGAUUGAUUUAUUAAUAAUUCUAUUGUAUAAAAUUCAGCGUGAGAUAAAUCUCCGUUCAAAUUUCAAUGAAUAAUGUUAAAUAACAAUGGAGACACUACUAAUUUUUUUUUAAAGUUUACCGAUACCCUUCAUCUCGAAAAAGAUGUGUGUCUAAAUGGAAAAAGAAAUAAGGAUAGUCCUAUUAUUUUCACCCAAAGAAUGUGUGGUUGACAGUUGCACCUACUUUUUUUGUGACAUCCUGUGUUAAAAAAUUCCGCAACUUAUACACUAAAAAAUUUGGUACUCUUCUUGUACUCUCUAAAUAUUGUUUUUUUAUCAUUUAAAAAAGAAUAUAUGACACUAUGAAUAUAAACAUUACUUCAUUCAUUUUUAACCCCUGACCCUUACAGAUAAACUUAUCUCUGCGAUGAAAAUAUUUUAUACAAUGAAAUUCCUCAGUUUGUGUAUAAUGGAUGCUAAAGCACCGGUAAUAUUUUUUUUACUGUGCAGCAUCUUCAGUUUGAGCUUUUGCUGUAGUGUAGACACAUUUAAUAACAGUACCGUAACGUUGGUCGGAGCGAAAAGCAUCAAAUCCAUCACUGGUUGUUUCGAACCCAACGAAGCACUUAUAAAAGUGUCAUACAUUCAAGUUGUAAACGAAUCUGUUCCCGUAUUAAGAAGGGAUGCUAUCCACGGAUUGCCGAAGUUAUUAGACGUUAUCCUUGAGAAGGAUCGCAUUACAGACAUCGAACCGGGGGCAUUCUACAAUUUAACAAAACUGUAUCUGUUGAAAAUUAAAUACAAUGAAAUAAAAGUAAUAAGAGAAGGCGUGUUCAACAAUCUAACAUUAAAAGAACUUUGCCUGACAGACAAUAAAAUUGAAAUUAUUCAUCCGAACGCUUUCGACGACAUGCCAAACUUAAGAAUCCUCUUCUUGAACGAAAACAAACUAACGGUAUGGUCUAGCGACUGGUUCAAAAGGAGUCCGCAGGUGUCGGUGUUAAAUUUCGAAUAUAACGUUAUAACCACCAUUCCAUUUCGUAGUUUGCAAAAUAUUAAUGGAGAACUUUGGCUAGAAAACGUCAAAGUGGAGGUGAACGUACAGCUAAACGAUAACAAAAUAAGAAAAAUAGAAGACGGCGCCUUUGAAGGGAUCGAAAAACUGGGGUGGCUAUUUCUUCAUAGAAACGAAAUAGAGGACAUCGGUGAGGAAAGCUUAGGAUCACUGAAAAGUGUGGAGUGGGUCAGAUUGGAUAAUAAUAAACUGAAAUGCGUUCCCGCAAAAUUAGUAGAAAUAUCUCCUAAAGUUGUUUAUUACCUGUACUCUAAUCCACUUUCUGCCGAAUGUAAAAAUAAGUAUUCAAUUACUGUACUUAGAUAAAAUGUGUCUUGUAUGUUUAUCCUUUUAAUGAAAUGUUAAGCAGUGUGGCCAGAUUGGGUGAUAUAUCGCAAUUUGGAUGAUUUUACGUUUACUGCCUCUCGCCCAACAUUGCGAAAAUCUUGAACCACAAAAUUUGGAUGAAUUUUAAGUUUGCUUGUUCAUCGUACGUCUUAAUUUUAGGAUCUAGGAUAAGCCAUGACCUAGGAUUGGUUAGUUGCUCUCUGCUUUUGCACUACUAUAUCUCAAUGUUGCAAUUUUACAAUAGAGAACGAGAGAGAAGAAUGUCCAAAUUUCAGUCAUUGUUGUAUAUUUACGACAUAGGUAGCAAUUCUUAACAUCUGAUUGCUAAAUAUGCUAUCUAAUAUCAGAAAAUCUGGUCACACUGAUGCUAAGUGUAACUAUAAGCUAUUUUAAGAUAAAUUUAUAAUUAAUCACUUAACUUGUACGUGUAUGUUGUUUCUUAUAUUAAAAAAGUAGUGAAUAUCAACUGAACUAAACAAUGUGUUUAUUAAACUUGGAGAUAUUUGAAGAAUAAAUAAAUCGAAAUGCAAAAACUCAA